GGUCCCGCGAAAGCGGUGAACGCGACUUUGGAUACGUCUCCCUUGUUGAAUGACACCUGCCACGGAAACGCCCCUACCGGUGCACCUAAUUCCCCAAAUGCCAUUACCUCGGAUGCGUUCGAACCACGCGGAUAACUCAUCGAUAUCUUCGCCCCUUACCCGUCUAACAGGCGCGAUUCUUUGAUGUUUCUUUCUACCCUUCGUUCCGCCCAUUGGUGUCACCCAAACCACAUCGGUUCGCAUGCACCGUCGUAGGGCCAAUUGGGGAAAUUGAUCCGAUCAAGAAAUCGCCGGGUGGAAGAUUUUGCGACUCCUUUUAAGGUUCCUCUCCGCCGCCCGUGAAAGCGAACGGGGAAGUUGAUCGGAUAAAGAAAUCGCCGGUUGGAAGAUCUUGCGGCUGUGUUUUAGGUUCCGCUCCGCCGCCGUGGAGAGAAGCAAGAAAAGCGAGGAGCCGGGAGGCUUAGAACGCAACGAUGAUGGGAGAAGGAAGCGUAUGAGAGGAAGGGAUCCGAAAACCGCUCAUGGAUCACCCCUUUGCCCCUUCCCCACCCGUCUGCUUCCGCUCGUCGAACUCUCGUCGUCCUCUCGUCGGCGCCAACCACACCUCCGCCCGCUUCUGCUCCCGUUGACGCCGGCCCUCCUCCUCCUGCUCCCGUUAGAUCUGUUUUAGUUCUAGGGUUAGGGCUUGUGUUUCGAUUCUUUGUUCUCCUUUUUACAGGUGUAGGUAGGUAUACAGGGAUUCUUUGAUCUGUUCUUUCCGGCGAUGGAUCCGGCGGCGAAGCCGAUCUCGGUGCGAAAUCUCCUCGUCCGGGCGCUCCUCUUCUUCCUCUCCGUAUUUCUCCUCCGGUUCGUCUACGUAGUCACCGUCCACGGCGGCACCUGCGCCGCCGGCGACUUCUGCCUCUUCUCCUCGCCGGCGGAGCCCGUCGCCGUCGCUGGAACCGGCGCCGGCUCCGCCUCGGCCUCCGUCCAUGCCGGCCUCGGAUCGGCCGCCACCCCCGCACUACGCGCCCUCUGGACCAGCCGGGAGUGGCGCAAGGCCGUCGAGUUCUACUCCUCCGUGUUCCAGAACCUCGUCGCAGAGGGCUUCCUCUCCCCGGCCUCCAAAUCCCUCUGCGUGGACUCGCCCGCUGGCUAUGAGGUCCUCGCCCUCAAGGAGAUCGGCGUUGCUGACGCGGUCGGCGUGGCCAAGAAGAGCGCGCCGCCUCUGGUGGUCGGCGGCGCCGAUUCGCUCCGACUGCCGUUCGGGAACGGGACCUUCGACUUCGUCUUCGCCGGCCGGAGCCUCGACCGUAGCAAACAACCUGCGAAUCUCGCAGCAGAGAUCGCAAGGACGCUGAAGCCACAUUGGUUCAUGGUGGUGCUCACUGCAUCCGCCCACGAUGCCUACAGCCGUCACUCCCUCGCCGAGCUCUUCCCCGACUGCAUAACUGUUCGAUCACGGGUGAUCCACAGCCCGGAUUCAGCGAAGCCACUCUGGGAGAUCGUAUUCCAGAAGCAACAAGGCACACAGAUCGUUAGUCCAAACGGGAAAUCAGGCGGCGACUGUCCUAUCCCGGAUCACAAGCUCGAGAUUUUACGGUCGGCGGAGCCGCUGAUCGAGGAGGAGCCCCUGAAGCCAUGGAUCACCCUGAAGAGGAACAUCCAGAACGUCAAGUAUUUGCCUUCCAUUGCUGACAUAAGCUUCAAGCCACGGUACAUCUACAUUGACGUCGGCGCACGGAGCUACGGGUCGAGCAUCGGCAGCUGGUUCAGGAAACAGUACCCUAAGCAGAAUCACACCUUCGAAGUCUUCGCGAUCGAGGCUGACCGAGCGUUCCAGGACGAGUACGCAACCAAGAAGGCCGUCAAGUUGCUGCCUUUCGCGGCGUGGGUACGCAACGAGACUUUAACCUUCGAGAUCAAUCGUGACCCGGAAAACCAUGAUGAUGUGGAGAAAGGGCGAGGGAUGGGGCGAAUCAGACCGGCGGGGGGUUCCGACGGCCGAGUUUCAUCGGGCGAGGUGCACGCCAUUCAGGGGUUCGACUUCGCCGCAUGGCUGAAGAGGACGGUGACGGAGAGAGACUACGUCGUGAUGAAGAUGGAUGUGGAGGGGACGGAGUUUGAUCUGGUCCCGAGGCUCUUCGAGACGGGGGGGAUCUGCUUGAUCGACGAGCUGUUUCUGGAGUGCCACUACAACCGAUGGCAGAAGUGCUGCCCGGGGCAGAGGAGUCCCAAGUAUCAGAACACGUACGGUGAAUGCUUGAAGCUGUUCAGCAGGCUCAGGGACGGUGGUGUUCUGGUUCACCAGUGGUGGUAAUCCGUAAACUCAAUCCUCGUCACAAAACUAUGCACAUAGUCGAGUCUACAAAUGUGUCGUCAAAGGUGGUCAUCAUACAAGGGAGUGUUGGUCCUCUCGAGGAGUAUGUGCGAUGGCAUAACGAGGAGAUGUGCAAAGAGUCGAGUGAAAUGGGAAGCUUGUUUGGUUUCGUUACGUAUAUGGAGGUUCAGCCGAAUGUUGCUGGCUGUAGCAGCAGGACCCACCAUGGCUCCACCACAGUUGAGUGGGUAGUCACACGGGUACUCGUAUAUGUGCCCCCGUGCUCAUCCAUCCUCGUGACUGUCCGCUUGUCCUAUAAACCUCGAGUGGACGUACAGACCAGCGAUCGCGACACGCUGCACCGACCAUCGUCGUCCUCUCCCUCGACGAACCUAUCCUCCAACACUUUGCUCUCUCUCUCUCUCUCUCCUUAUAUGGAUAUCUGUGGGCGGUGAGUUUGAUGUCGAUUCUUGAUGCGACAUCUGGUUCUUUGCGUUGAUUCUUUUUCGCUUGGCAAUACGAUGAGCGUCUUUCUUGGUCUUCGAGCUUGGCCGGCCAUCUCCGACGCUAUUGGCUGGAAAGGUUUUCCAUCUUUUUUUUUUUUUCCUUUGGAUUUUUGGUUCUUGAGAGCUGCCAUCAUAUGCCAUGUAUUAUACAAAGGGUUCCGUGGAUCUUUCUUUCUUGGGAAGCGAAUUAGAACGGAUUCUGCGUUUCUCAUC